AUGUCUUCUGGGCAGAGAAGUUCUGAGUAUGUAUCCUAUGUAUCAGUAAGAACAAUCUCUUUUGGUCUUUUUCAAAUAAAAGCCAAAAAUAUAGCAGAAUGUUGACUUAACGUAUAGCAAGGAUCUUUUCUUAAACCACAUAAUAUAAAAAUAUAUAUUUACCUUUGCUAUUCCUUUUGUCAGAUUGAAAAACAGUACUGCUUCACCUUGUUCUUGAUUGCUGAAAAAUGUUUCCAUGCCUAGUUAUUUUAAAACUUGCUGGAGGGGAGAGUAGAGGUUUUCUAUUUAAUGUGAAAAUCCUACAUAUGAGUCUGUGCAUAUAGAAGCCACAGACCACUUCUAGAGCCCAAGCAUGGAAAAGGCUGCAUGUUUGGUAGGCACAAGAUUGACAUUUUGCAGCUAGCGAUUCCAUUCCUACCUGUUGAGAGCUGCUGUUUGCUCCUCCAGUCUGCCAUGCCCUGCUGCACACUACUCCAUUCUCCUUCCCACCCCCAGCUGUCAGGAGACUUCCUGGAGAAGGGUGGUCUGAUGCAGAAGAGUGAGAGGUGACAGCAGGCCCUGUUAAUUACGCUGUGUUAACCUUGCUAACCAAUGCAAACUCUGGCACAGCGUUUGAGGAACAGCAGUAGCAGGCAUUUUCUCUCCUGCUCACAGUUCUUUGUCUCUCUCCUUACAUUUCUUGCAGAGAUCAGUACAGCAUUCAGGAUAUGGAAGACAGCAGUUCCAUUGUCUUUGCUGAAUCUUCCGGUGGCAGAGACCGUAAAGGAAAUAAAAUGGAUGCAUGUGCGCUACCUGUUGAAUUGCCCGAGAGCAGCUGCAUGAAUAACACAGUCGAUGGAUCAAGAGAUAAUGAAAAUCAUCCAUCAAUUGUAUCUCCUUGCAAUCCUGCUAGCCUUGGCAGUGUUAGUACAAAUGAUUCUUGCGCUGAUGAAGAAUACUCCCAGAAGGGGAUAUCUGUGCGGCAUCAGUGUCAGGUAAAUGCGGGUUCCUCUUAAACAUACUUAGUUACUCCUUGACACAUGUGGAGAAUAAUCUUCAGCAACUGUGCAGCAUAAAUCCAAAACCUAGCUAUAUUUCUAGAGAUGGCUCUUGCGCUUGUUUGACUGUUUUUAUUUAUAAUAUUUUAAAGCUGCUCUUUCAUAUAAAAUAUCGCAAAGUGGUAUGCAACCUUAAAAAAAAAGUGCUGCAAUAAAAACAUCAAACGUGUCAAUGGAAGCUGGUUGGCAAGGAAUCUCAAGUUCAAAAGAUCUGUCUGAAUAAUACUGUUUUCUGAAGGUGUCUGAAAGUGAGCAGGGAUGACUUCUGCCUAACCUCUACCAGCAAGGAGUUCCACAGAAUAGGACCUGCCAAACCACAGGGACAUGUUGCAACACCAGAAGUGUCCCCUUGGAAGACCUGUUAUUUAUUAAAAUGUUUAUAGACUGCCUUUUAUUAUUGAGGUGGCAUACAGGAUUAAAUAAACGUUGAUAUAUCUGAUGAAUUUUGCUUUCCGAUGCUACGAUUGGCAGCUUCUUUCUUUGGGCUGCCUUCUUCUUGGUUUACUUUAUUCUGUUUGUAAACAUGUCCCAUCUGACUUAAUUCUUGAAUAUGCACAUCCUAGUUUUACAUUUACUUUUUUUUAAUCUUUUCCUACUCUUGGGAGCUGAGAAGGGGUGGAAAUGAAUGCACAUUUUCACCUAAAAUGUAACAGCCCUGGUGCUCCACUCCUCAGGAUGGAAAGACUGGGGGAAAUGGAUGGAUGAAUGAAUAAAAUCUUACUUUUAAAAAUGUUUUGGAAGUUGUACAUGACCUGAUAAAGUGGUGUGUGGGUGCAUGUGUAUGUAUAACACACUUAAAUGUUUGUAUUUUUCUUCCCAGAUAGAGUAUCACCUUAUGCUUCACAUACAGAUGCAGCUGUGUGAAAUUUCAUUGUGGGACUGGAUUGCUGACAGAAACAAAGUAUGUUUGAAAACAGAGGAUGCUUCUAGUAAGUUUUGUUUUUGAAGAUAGAGUGGUGGGGGAGAUUAAAUGUUAACGUGAUUUCCUGCCUUUAAGAUAGACUUAAAAUAUAAAUAAAUAUUCUUCUCUGGGCAGCUGUAAAAAGUGCUUCCCGUAUUUGCCUAUAAGCUGAUUUCCAUAACAAUAAAGGCAAUGAAUCUUAGUCUGCAUUUGAAAGCGGCAAAUGUUUUCUUCCUUAUUUGUAAAUCCUAAAGCCAGGUUUCCAAAAAGCUAUUUUCCAUGGGCGGGUGCUCCUGCUCAACCCUCAUGAUCCUUCUCCCUGUCUAGCUGGGAUGCGGAGAAGAGAAUUCUCAUCUUUGUACUGCUGAGGUUUUGCCUCAUCUGCACACACCACAACCGAAGAAAAUCCCCAUUGAAAGGAAUGGCUUUUCACGUUGCACUCUGGAGUUUUGGAGCUGGCAGCAGAGGGACAGAGAGAGGGGCUUCAUCUGCCAGCUCCAAGACUCAAGCACUAUAUGAGAUGCACAGAGAACUUGGGAGAGCGGAAAUGGUCAGUAGCAAGUUGCCACCACAAGUGUGUGGGCCCCUGCUUAUAGUUGCAGAGGUGCUGUAGUUCAUUGCAUGCAGGAGGUCAAGAGUUCAAUCUCUGGCAUUAGCAGGUAGGGCUGGGGAAGACCCUUUGCCUGGAAUAUUGGAGAGCUGCUACCUGUCAGAGCUAGAUGGACCAUUGUUCUAGUUCUGCUUUCCCCAAUCCAAUAUCCUCCAGAUGUUUUGGCCUAUUCCUAUGGCAGAUGCUGUAUUUUCAUAUUAACUUCUUUGUUAAAAUAGUUGGACGUAUUAUGCUGUCAUUUAUAAAAUACUUCACUCCCCACUCCUUUUUUAAAGGUCCUUAUCACCAUGUGGACAACCAGUGGACAUUAAAGAUCUUCCAAGAACUGCUUGAAGGAGUGUAUUAUAUCCACAGUAUGGGAGUCAUGCACCGGGACAUUAAAGUAAGUAAAAUUCUCACUCGGAGCUUGGAAUUGUGGAGGAGGUGGGGAUUAUCUCUGCAGCUGGGGCACAGUUGGUACAAUUUCUGGGCCCAAUUUUAACCUUUAAAGCCCUAAACAGCUUGUCAUGAGGCUCCCCAAAAGACCGACUUCUCCCAUAUGUAGCCACCUGAACCUUAAGGUCUCUCCAGAGGCACUGCUCCAGGUGCCCCCACUGGAAAAAAGGUGGGUAGCUACCAGGGAGAGGGCCUUCUUGGUGGUUGCCAUCCUGGUUAUGGAACAACUACACCAGUAAAGCUCACCUACUGUGUUCUUUGUGGUCUUUUCAGUGCCAGGUGAGACAGUUUUGUGCACCAAGGUGUGGUCCUCCAGAAGUUGUUGGGACUCCAGCUCCCAUCAUCCCAGGCUGUAAUGAAACCACUAUCUCUUGAACUGACCGACCUCACAGGGUUAUUGUGAGGAUCACAUUGUUUGUGUAGUGGGGAGAAACAAAUACACUAUCUUGAGCUUCUUUGAGGAAAGGCAGUAUAGCGAUGAUGACAAGAAUGAGGAGAAGGCAGAAGAAGGAAGUAGAGGGAGGAGGAGGUGGAGGAAGAAGUAAUAAUGGACAAUAAAGCUGAGAUGCCUAUAGCCCUGACCUGGUGAAUUCUUUUGCAUUUGUGAUUUCAUUCCGAGCUUUGGGAGCUGAUUCCAUUGCAUCAAGGGAGCUAUUGUUAUGAUAACCAGAAUCUUAAAAAUGACCAAGAAACCCUGCCAUACAAGUGGAACUUUUUGUAUGUAGAAAUCCACUCCCAUUAUUCUUACAAAUCUUUUACCCUAACAGACUGGUUUAAGUGGACGUUAUUCAAAUAACACUCGAGAGAAUUAGUAAUGCUUCAGAAGAUAAAGCCAAAUUCAAGUUUCUCACUAAUUUUUCUUCAAAUUUUAUUUAAUUUAAACAAGGAAGCUUAUUUUUGAAAGCUUUGCGGGGCCCUUUUUCUGCUCUUCUUGUCUGAUAGCGUUCCAAAAUGUGUGUUGCACAGUAAAUCAAAAAUAAUUUAUUUUUGAAGCAUAGGAGAACUCUUGAUUGAUGUAUAUGGAAUGCCACAAGCUGGUUGGAAUCACUCCUUUUAGCCAGAAUUUCAUGUUACCUCGAUAUACUUUCCUGAUGUUGAAUUUGCAAAUAUCCUGCAAAGACAAGACCUCUGAAGACACUCUCAGGAGCAUAUCUUUCAGCAGUCCACAGCAUGAAUGGCUGAGUGCUUUGGGUAAACGACCUUCCCUGUUUGUUAAUUUCAAAGGAUAUGAUAAGCUUAGCAAUCUCUUCAGUACGUCUCCCUGCCUUAGAUUGGUCUCUUUUUCAAGAAAUAGGAAAAGUGCAGACUCCUCUUCCUGCGUUAAAGCGUUAACAUCUGCGUCAUUAUCAAGCAAGAGGUUUAUUAUAUCUCUUCUGCCACUUCGGCAAGCGCUGUGAAUAACUUCUUGCCCUUCCCAGUCUUUCAUGUGUAUAUCUGCUCCAUUGCACAGCAGUAGCUUAACACACUUAUCACCUGCUGCUAAGACUAUGCCAGCCUUGCAGGCUGAAGACCAGACAGCAAAGUGGAGCGGAGUUUCUUUGGUAUCUGGAGUUGCGAGAUUGGCGUUCGCUCCACAGAGGAGUAGCAUGGAAAUUGCCUGCUGGUCAAGGAUUUCAGAAGCUAGGUGAAGAGCAGUUUGGCCUAACCUAUCCCUGUCAUUUAUAUUGGCUCCAUUCUUCAGCAGGUGUAUUAGAGUUUGAUGAUAUCUGUUGGCUACAGCUAAAUGUAGAAGGCUGUGGCCAUGGUAAAUGAUUGCGUCAGAAUUCACCUGGAAGUCUUCCUCUGGUUUGACGUGAGGGUAGUUUUCUUCAUUGCACUGUGCAAUUCUCUGAUGCAUGUUCAAGGGACAUCCUGCAGUUCUGUAUUUGGGAAGUGAUAUAACAGGUGGUAAGAUUCCAUACAAUUCCUCUUCCAUCAGCCACCACCCUUAUUAACUGCUGGGUGGUUUUCUCUAAAGAAUUUGUCCAGUAUUACCCUUCAACAAUCAAGCAAAAACUAUAUUUCUUAUCGUUUCUUCUUUCUUCUAGACCAUAAAGUCAGUGUUGCCCAAUCUUUAUCAGUACAUGUUGUUUGGGUAUGAGGAUGCAAAAAGUAUGAUAAGGCACAUGUCAGGGGUUCAGGGACAGAGGCACAGGGUAGGCAGGAGAUGGAGAGCGAUGGGGAUGAAUCCCAGGACAGCGAGGAAGAGGAUGACAAUGACUCAAGAGAUUCCAUGAGUCUUUCCAGCGAAUCAGAGGAUUCCCAGAAGGGGCGCCGGUGGUCAGGGCCAGGAGCCCCAGGGGACGUGUCAGGAGCAGGGGGCCAGCGGGGAUCCCAAAGUGGCAGCUGGGCGUCAGGACCAGUCUCCCCGCCAGAGUGCAGCGAAGGGGUGGAGGUUCCAGUGUAUCAGGGAAGCAGCUCCGGCAGCAGAGAAGGGAGGGAGGUCGGAGCAAGCCACCCUCCCGGAAGGGGAGGAGUAGUGAAGGGAGUAGUGUAACUGUCAAAAGGAAGGUUAGAGGUUGGGCGCGCGCCUGAGUUCAAAUGUAGAGGCGCACGGAAGUACAGGGAGCCCGGAGGAGGGGCCAGGUCCCAAAGCCCGCAGGAGGGGGGAAGAGCAAUCUGGGGAUUCCGCGUCAGGGGAAUCCAGGAGGGGCGAAACCCCAGCGGGCAGGAAGACCCUGCGGAAAAGAAAAGAGAGGAAGAGGUGGAGCAGCGCAAGCUUCUUAAACUGGUGUAGGGGAGGGACUGACUCAGAGGGGACUUCAACGGUCUAAGCGUAACAGACGUGGGGCUGCACGCCUUGGAUGUGAAGCAAACAAUGAACUCCAAUAAACACUUUUGUAUAUAAGAAGAGAUUGGCGUUGGUCUUUUGUGAGCUGAGACCUGAGGCAGCCUUGACAGCACAUAUCAUGGAUCAUCUUAGAUUAGCGGCAACCACAGAGCUGAACCUGAAGGUUUGGCUACUAAAGGUUUGCUUCCCUCUGCUACUGUCCUCCCUAGCACCACGGCCCGCUGGAUUCCCAACUGCAAGGUGCCUUGCUUUAUAAAGCAAAGCCCCUUAAUUUAAAGGAGUGGAGAUUGUGCCACACACAGGAGAUUCUUUGUCCUUGUGUUGGCCUUCAAAGGACUUGGGGGUCCACUAGUCAACUCCAAAUGAGGUGGUGCCGUUCUAAUGCAUAUGAUAGGUUUUCCAUAUGCAGUCCCCACCCCUUGGUGUGACCUUUAAUCUACUGAGCUGGGGGAGCGUGUGGCAUUACUAGCACAAUGCUGGAAAGGCAUACAAGAGUGUAAGCUCGACUCUUAGCAGUGGGCAGGGCUGGUGUUAGGAAUUGGCAGCUGUGGGCGCCUGCAGAGGGCUGGCAGAAGCCUGGAGGCCAUGGUCUCUUUGGUGUAGGACGUUCCAGAGAAAUUAUACAAUUUGGCUUUUCUUGGCAUGACCCAACCAAACCUGGCUAACGUCUCAUUACUUUUCUGGACUUGCUGCUGAAUAGCUUUGGCCAAGCAUAUAGGGUUUUCUUCUGCCCACCAAAGGAUUCCCAGAUCUCUUAUCUAACUAUAAUAUAUAGUUAAGCAUUACCUUAUUUCAGGAGGUUCAAUUUGAAAGGUGCUUUUCAUAUAUCUUCCAAGCGGCUUCCUCCCGAACUUUUGCUGCCAUAUUGGUUCCGGGGGUGGAGGGAGGAGAGAGAUCCAGAAUAGGUAUCGAAGUUUAUCUGAUAACCCUUUUAUGCAUGUUUGAAGUACAACUAAGAGUUUUUAUUAGCCCUAUCAGAAGGGCUUAUAUCAGAUUGCAUUUAUGAUGCACGUGGCCCCAUAUACAACUGCCAUAAAACCUGCCUUUCCACUCUGAUUUGAAAGGGUGCGUGCUUCUAUAGAGUACCAUAUACAAUGACUAAAAUUUUCUGGAAGAAAAGCUACACUUAUUUUGCAUGCAUGGAAAACUGUUCAGUUGUUGUUGUUUAGUCGUUUAGUCGUGUCCGACUCUUCAUGACCCCAUGGACCAGAGCACGCCAGGCACUCCUGUUUUCCACUGCCUCCCGCAGUUUGGUCAGACUCAUGUUUGUAUCUUACAGAAGUGCCUAGUUUUUGAGGUGCUUUUAUAAAUCUGUAAUUAUUUAAAAAGUUGGCCAGUUUUAUAAGAAGUGCGUAAUAUUUAUUCUCAAAUCUUAUUUUACAUUCAACAUGUAGCCCCAUGCUGUAAACUGAAAAAAGUCCACUAAUUCAGUAAGUGUGCUUAGACCUGCAAUCUUACUGCAGUUCUACUCAAUGGGGCUUAGUAAGUUUUGGAAUUCCUGGGUUGUUGAACAUAAUGGGGCUUACUUCUAAUUAGACAUGUAAAAGACUGUUAUCAACCAGCCUGUUCUUUUAGGUAUGGGUACCAAAAUACUGUGACUUUUUCAGAAAUCAGAGGAACACCUUAACUAAUCAAAGGCAUUAAUAUUCUGUUUGGUAUUAAUAUAGAAUCUGUGUCCGGCUUCUGUAUAAAUAUUGCCUGUUGAACUUUAUAUAUGAAGGUCUUAUAGUAUCCAGACACUGUUGUCUUUUAGAUUAUAAGGAGAGUAGCAAAAACAAAGUUCUGUCAUAUAACCUUAAAAUUCUAUAGCUUAUAAAAAUAUCAUUGACUUACUAUUGACUUAAAACUUGGCAUACAUGAACUACCUGCUGAGGUCUACAAAAAGUGCCCAAUUUCUAACUGACCUGAUAAAAACUGCCACAGCCACAGCAAGUUAAAAAGUGAUGAAAAUUCCCCCCACGGGUAUUAAGAAAUCUCAAAUUCUUUGGUAAUUUUGGUGAAAAUUACUGAUGUACUUUCUUCAGGCUUGCUGCAGAACACAUACUUUCAUUGGUUAGGUGAAGUUCUAGUCAGCCGUUUAAAGGUUGUUCAGGUUUUCCUGCCCCAUUAAAAUAUAUUAAAAACAAAUACUAUCAAAAUAGUGUCAGGCAUGACAGAAAACAAAAUGGAAACUAAAAUUUUGCCAGGAGAACAAUUUUUGCAGAGGGAGUCACCUAGUGGCUUAUAUGUAGAAUGUCUGUCCCUUUACUUAUGAAAUAUAAAUGUGUGUACAGCAGUUAGAUGAGGUUUUUUUUUUGGCUCUGUGGACACACUUGGAAACCUAAGAAACUGUCAUGGGGACCAUAUGUUCCAUAUGAUCACGUGCACCCAGUUUGCCAUGGAUGGCAUGCAUCCCACCCAACACUGAACCUUCUCUCACAAAUCACCCUGUCCCAGGAAAAGUGAAUGGAGGCCAAGUUGUAAGCAAGCACGGUUUGUGAUAUUGCAUCAUUGCUGAUCAUCAAGCAUGUCUGUUAAGCCAUCAGCCUUGGCUUCCAAUUUCCUGAGUUUAUGGAGCCUGAACCAGCGUGAGGUAGUUUAACUCUGAUCUUAAACGGGGAAGAUUCUUGAUAAUGGAACAGUAAGUUUUAGACAUAUGAUUACCCGGAAAAUAGUUGGUUCGUGGACCAAGAGGUAAUACAUUAAACUUUGAAGUGUAGCCCCAUCGUUGUCCAUUACAGUGUCAAAUAGCAUUUUCUGCCUUUCAUCUAAUUCAUGGGGUGGUUUCUUCCCAUAGGAACCUCUAAUCAGAUUGCCCAUGUUUACCAAGAGAAAAUGUGUAGCUGAGAACCCUUAGUUUGGAGGAAAUGCAAAGGAAUCUUGAGCCAUCGUUCCUUUGUGAUUAUGCACAAUGCCUGGUUCUAGAACCAGCCAGAUGAUACCAUGGCUCUCCUGUGUGGGCAGAGGGAGGGCUGAGCUUAGUUCCUAAAGAAGCUGUGCAAGAAACAGAGGGUUUGCGCAGCAGAAGUAUAUGUAUUGCCUUUUUGUACUGUUUACCUGUUUUGAAACAAAAUUUUAAAAAAUUCCUUCCAGUAGCACUUUAGAGACCAACUAAGUUUGUUAUUGGUAUGAGCUUUCGUGUGCAUGCACACUUCUUCAGAUACACUGAAACAGAAGUCACCAUACCCAUAUAUAUAGUGGGGAGGGGUAUUACUCAGAAGGGUGAUGGGAAUGGGUGAUUGGCUGAUAGGUGUGGUAAACCUGUUGGCAACUGUUAAUUGGUCUUACAGGAAAAAGCAAGGAGUGAGAUGGCUAAAAAUAGCUUUAUCAUGUAUAAUGAGAUAAGAAUCCAAUGUCUCUAUUCAGACCGGGUCUCUCCAUGGUUUUAAGUUCGGUAAUAAGUUGCAAUUCAGCAACUUCUCUUUACAGUCUAUUUCUGAAAUUCUUUUGUAAUAAGACAGCUACUUUGAGAUCUUGUAUAGAAUGUCCUGGGAGAUUGAAGUGUUCUCCUACUGGUUUCUCUGUCUUGUGAUUCCUGAUAUCAGAUUUAUGUCCAUUUAUCCUUUGGCGUAGGGUUUGGCCUGUUUCUCCAAUAUAGAGGGCAGAAGGGCACUGUUGGCAUUUGAUGGCAUACAGAAUGUUAGAAGAUGAGCCAUUAAAUAGUCCUGAGAUGGUAUGUUUGAUAUUGUUGGGGCCAGUAAUGGUAUUGUCCAGGUGUAUGUGGCAGCAAAGUUGGCAUCUGGGUUUAUUUCAGGCUUUGGUACCAGUGUCCAUGUUAAGUCUGGUUGUUGUAUUAUUGUGGGUGAGGAGUUGUUUAAGAUUGGGUGGCUGUCUGUAGGCAAUGAAAGGUCUUCCUCCCAGAGCUUGAGAAAGAGAACUGUUAUUGUCUAAAAGAGGUUGUAGAUCUCUGAUGAUGCGUUGAAUUGUUUUAACUUGUUUACCUGUUUGUCGAUCCUGGCCUACAUCUGCAUGGAAUUGUUAUUUCAUCUGUCAGUCACUUUAUACAAAAGUAAAAAUUCUCAAAGCGAAUGAACAAGAUAAAAUGCAACGAAUUUAAAACCGUAAAGAUGUAAAACAAAUAGUGAACAAUGCAAAAUAAACCUAUCCACCCUACUAAAAGAUUAGCACCAUGUAGAAAGCUUAAAUACCAAAGGUCCGAGAGGCCCCCCCCCCAAGCCUUGUGUCUAAAUGUAGUGAUGGCACCCGAUGUGUUUCCCUUGGGAGUACAUGCCACAGACCGACCACCCAGCACUGAAAAGGCCCGUUCUCAUGUGGCUGUUGGAGUAACUGGACAUGAGGAGUUAAUUUCCUUCAAGAGCGUAAACCACCCCAUGGAUGAGCUUGUCACAGGUACAGGGUCAGCCAAGCCAGUUGCUAUGGUAACUGCCCAGUGCCUCAGCUAUAUCUUUGAUAAAUGUAUGUCAGCUCAGUAGUCUGUCCGUCCCUUUGCUGCCAACUCAUCUCUAGAGGCAGACCAAAAACAAAGGCAGAUGAGAAGCUUGGACUCUGCAUCAAGCGCAGCUUAGUUCUUAAAUUAAAUGUAACUAAUGAAUGAGUGAGAAAUGCAUGAUUUCAUGCAUAAAAUAUUCAAAAUUUGUGAAAUAUAUAACCAGCUUACAUUACCCUGUUUUCACAGCCCAGAAAUAUCUUUCUACAAGGACCUGACCACCAUGUGAAAAUAGGAGAUUUUGGGCUGGCCUGUAGAGAUAUUAUACAAGAAGAUACAACCCAGUUGCUAAAUGCAAAUAAGAUAAAUGGUAAUUUCAAAGCAGUUUGGCCUUUACUUAAAAAUUGGCAGUGUGGUAUCCUAAGAAUUAAUUCUAAAUUUUGUCUUUUUUGUUGCAUAGAUCUAAUACAUACUUCUGGGGUGGGUACUUGCCUGUAUGCCUCACCUGAACAGCUACAAGGCUCUCACUAUGACUUCAAGGUACAGCCACUCAACCCCCAAUUAUUUCUUUAUUUAUUUUAAAACUUUACCUCUGUUGUGAUAAUUGGUCAUACAUGUUCAAGAGCAUUAUUGAUGGGUGUCAACAAAAGCAAGCUGAUGGACAGGAGCUGGAGCAAAGUCAAUCAGUUCAAAAAGAAGGCACUAGAGCCAUGUGGUGUAAUAUUCAAAAUGGAAACUGCUAAAUGCAAAAAGUAAAAAUAGAGUGUUCUAUUUGCGAUGAUGAGAGGGAACAGAACAGCUGCAAACAAUUAUUUAUGCCCACAGAUGAGGUAAAAAUGGACCGUGCAUGUCAAGUGGCCUGAUUUUAUGGUGGACAAAAAUAUAAUGGCACUCCAAUGUUUGUUUGAAAUUUCAUGGCUUAUUAAGUAUGGUUGCAUGAAAAUUACCAGCACCUGUUUUUUAAAAGGCGUUUGUUUCUGGGCAAGCUUCUUGAAACAUUAGAAUGUUCUUUUCUGAUAUUUUUUACAGCUGUAUCGCUGAAUGUGGUUUUAGGCCGUUUGUAAUGCAUUCAUAAUUUCUCUUAAGAAGUAAUUAUUUUGUGUGCUAAUGCUCAUAUUUCUCUUUUCUGCCAAUAGUCAGAUAUGUACAGCUUAGGUGUGAUCCUGUUAGAACUCUUCCAUCCAUUUGGAACAGAAAUGGAAAGAACUGAAGUUUUGAUGGGCUUAAGAAAUGGCAACAUCCCCCUCUCCUUUAGCAGGAAAUGGCCUAUACAAACUAAAUACAUUAAGCUGCUUACCAGUUCGGUAUCAUCGCACAGACCAACUGCGGGUCAACUUCUUGAAAGUGAACUCUUCCAUAAUUCAGCAAAUGUAAGUUUUUACUAUAUAUUGGCUUUGUAAAAGAAGGCCCCUUCUGAUUCUACAUUCCGUGAUAUGAGGGAGACUUCUGCAGGGUGAGCUUCAUUCUUCGAGAUAGGAUUUACUUGCUGUUUGGAUCAGGCUAAAGGCUCACCUACUCCAGCUUUUUGUCCCACAACUAAUCAUAUUCCUAUGAGAGUUCUGGAAGCACUUUCCCCAGGUUACCAGCAUUUUGUUAUUCAGAGGUAUACUGCCUCCAACUGCAGAGGUGGAACAAGCUGCCGAGAAUGGAUGGGGGAACCCAUCCAGAUGGGGAGGGUAUAAAUAAUAAAAUUAUUGUUCUUGUGGUUGUUAUUGUUAUUAAUAUUAACAUUAUCCUCCUUGAAUUUGCCCCUCUCUCUUUUAAAGCCAUCCUAGUUGGUGGCCAUCUCUCCAUCUUGUAGCAGUGUGAAGUACUUUGUGAGCCCCACUCUCAUCCCGCUCCCUUUUCUGGCCACUUCCAGGUUGCAGCUGUGUGCGUACACACAGUUGCUUGUAAAUUGGCUGUUGCCUUACCUUGGUUCUCAAAUUUAAUCCGUUCUGGGAGUUUGUUCGACUCCCGAAACUGUUUGAAAACCAAAGUGCGGCUUCCAGUUGGCUGCAGGAGCUUCCUGCAUUCAUUCGGAAGCUGUGGAAGCCUUGUCGGACAUUGGGCUUCCAAAAAACGUUUGCAAACUGGAACACUUCUGGGUUUGUGAGGUUCAGGAGAUGAUUUCUUCGACAACUAAGCCAUUCGGGAACCAAGGUACCACUGUAUUGCAAAAAAGAAAUUGUGCAGGCCAUUCAAAACUGCUCCUAGCAAGGUUAACAUUUAAGGAAGGUAGAUAAUUAUUUCCUGAAGUUCCUACACAAAAGGAUAAAACGUACUAUACAAUGGUACCUCUUGAUGCGAAUGGGAUCCGUUCCAGAGCCCCGUUCGCAUCCAGAAGCAAAUGCAACCCACGUCCGUGCGUUGCGAUUCAGCGCUUCCGUGCUUGACGUAAUUUUGAGCGUCUGCGCAUGUGUGAGCAGUGAAACCCGUAAGUAACGCGCUCCAUUACUUCUGGGUCGCCACAGAGCACAACCUGAAAAUAUUCAUCCCGAAGCUACUUCAACCCGAGGUAUGACUGUAUAGCCAGCGUUGACAUAUUACUUUAAAAAAAAAUUAGUUUUUUUAUGUAAAAUGGCAGUUUUAUGGUGUUAAAAUCCUGUGUCAUUUUAGUCAUAGUACAGUGGACCCUCGGGUUAUGUUACCUUCUGGUUCUAUUGUGCCGCGCGUGCAGAAGUGGUACCUCUUCUUACGAAAUUUUUGGGGUGUGCACGGACCCCUGGAACAAAUUUAAUUCGUAUCUGGAGGGUCCACUGUUUAAGGAGAUUCCUUAAACCCCUUCUCACUCACAAAGAACAUGGAUUUGUUUAAUAAAUCACAAUUUGGACUGAAAUGAUUUUGUUUUACUACCUUACAGUAUUCUUGGUUUAUUUCUCUGAGCAUUAGUAGUUUUGAGACUUACUGGCGCUGUGGUCUAAAGGACCGAGCCUCUUGGGCUUGCUGAUUGGAAGGUCAGCGGUUCAAAUCCACAGGACGGGGUGAGCUCCUGUUGCUCUGUCCCAGCUCCUGCCAACCUAGCAGUUUGAAAGCAUACCACUGCAAGUGGAUAGAUACUGCUGUGGCAGGAAGGUAAACGGAGUUUCUGUGUGGUCUGGUACUCAUCACGGUGUCCCGUUGUGCCAGUAGUUUAGUCAUGCUGGCCACAUGACCCGGAAAGCAUUCUGCAGACAAAUGCUGGUUCUCUCAGCCUGAAGUGAGAUGAGUGCUGCAUCCCAUAGUCACCUUUGACUGGACAACUCCCACCAUCUGUUGGCCAUGCUGGUUAGAUCUAAUGGAAACUGCAGUCGCCAAUAUCUAGAGUUACCAAGCUGGAGAAGGCUGUAUUAGCAUUGUGACUACUGCUGGGAACUACAUUCAUUUUCAAUAAAAUUGUAAUGGCAUUACCUUUGCACAUUGUUCAAAUACCAUACUUGUGUCUCCUGUUUCAUUUUUAGGUUAUUUACAAUCUUCAGCAGAAAGUGAUGCAACAAGAAGAAGAAAUUAAGUUGCUUAAAGAAAAAAUCAAGCUAUUGCAAGAGAAAGAUGAGAGAGACAGAAUUCAGCAACUUGGCUCUCCUGUUUAA